ACUAUAGCGUUGACUUAACCACUAUGUUUUAUUUGCAUGGCGAGAUUAAUAACAGAGAGAAUGUUUACACUCAUUCAUUCAAUCGGUACAGGUGUUAGAACAACGAGUUGGUAAUUUUGAAUCAGCUCUUGCUGAAACACGUACUUAACUCGUCCAUUGAGCUUAGCAAAGUUCAGCUGGCGAUAGAAUUCAGGGCGACCUAUUAGCCAAGUUUUCUUCUUGUGACAUGUUUUAGUGUUAACAUGAUAAUGGGUUGCCAUUGUACAAGCAGAAAGCAGUUUAGUUUCAAAUCUGUUGCUAAAUUUGCCAAACCCAAAAAGUCCCAGCAAUGGCUCUUGGCAACUUCAUCUUUUACCCUUUUAAUUAACUCGAAACCCUUUUUUUGUGAACAGAACAUAUUUUGUACAAUCUACGUGGUAAUUUAAUCCCUUACCAAACAAGGGUUUCAAUGAAGUAAUUGAAUUAGCAAAACUCUAGAAAAGAGGAUAAUUCGCUUUUUUUCUUUAGAUUCCAGAAACCUUUAGUUAGAAAAAUAACUAAGCCUAUAGAUUUAAAUCAUCGAGACCAGAAAAUACAUUUACUUAAUCUGAAGUAACCUGUUAAUCAAACGAGUUGAAAAAGGAUUAAUUGGGACAUUUCACGAAAUGUUUGAAGUUUUUUGUUGUUCGUAUUCCUUAUGAAAGCAGAAAUUGAUUUACUUCGCACUUGUAGAAAAUCGUAAAUGGACUUGAUUAAUAGUUUAAACUAGGGUCACGGGCUAAUUUUUGCUGACAAGCCUAUAAAUUAAUUUGGCCCAUAAUGCGCGGAUUGGCUAGAAUGGGCCAACAAAUUUUUACUUUUCUGCUCGCCUAUUAACAUGCUAAUUUUUCACCGAGGAAAAAAAUGUUUGUAGAAUUACUUCCGAGCACUUUACGUAGGCCGCAUAUUUAGCGAUUGGCAAAUAAACGACAUCAUGGCUUUGUUUAUCCUAAAAAUCCUCCACGAUUGCUUGCAGAAAGAAAGGGUAUAGAAAUCUAAUGUAAGUAAAGCAUCAUUUCCUCCCACAGGGGUCGUUCCCCGCGCCAAUUAAUUAUUUUAAUCCGGCCAUUGAUAAUCGUCAUCAAAACAAUUUAACAGCAAAAUUCACGUGAUCAUAUGUGGGCAUCUUUUAAGACAGAAGCGCUCUCCCAUUUGGAAUCAUUUACCUCAAGACGGCAGCACACCGCGAUGCAAGGGGCAAAGACAUCUGCGUUCUCCGUAGAAUCACUCAUUUCCAAGGAAGGCUUCGCCGAACCCAGAAUGGAUGGGACACAUGCGUGUAUAUCACUGCCAAGGUGCUCUUCAGCGGGGCAGGAGAUCACAAGGACCUCGCCUAGCUUCAGCACAACGAUAAGUAUACCACGACCAUUAGCCCUCGAAGGAGUUGGCUCCGGUCAUACAAGCGCAUUCUCGCAAACUUCCCAACUUCCUCUUUCCAGUGGAAGAGCCUUCGCCAUUCAGCGGAACACAGAACAUCAUGCAGACGUGCAACGCCACGACGACUCAACUCGAACUCGACGCUACAGGACAGCGUUUACCCGUGAGCAGCUGAGUAGGCUAGAGAAAGAAUUCCUACGAGAAAACUACGUGUCUCGAACUCGCCGAAGCGAGCUUGCGACAACUCUUAACCUGUCCGAGACAACCAUCAAAAUAUGGUUCCAAAACCGGCGCAUGAAAUCCAAAAGGCGACGCAUGGCCCUAGGGCUGAAACCUGUCCAAGCAUUUUGUCCCACGAGGCACUUGCCCUCUGAUGGACAUUUCAGUUCGGGUCAUCUGUAUAACGGUCUUCAUUAUGUGCCUUGGUCGCCAUAUUCACCUGUCAACGGCCCAUUAUGGCCACACGGAGUUCACUUCUUACACUGCGACCCACAUUAUCAUCCGUUCUCUGUACCAUCGGCCAGCACCAGUACAGGAUCGAGCUACCGGCCACCAACUACACAGGCAAACUGUUCGCACGUCUGGAAAAGCAGCGAGUAGACACCGAGCAAAUAUCUUUUUUUGGCCAAGAAAGGUUUCAGUAAAACGAGAAAUUUGUAGAAAACCACUUGGCAAGACUCAUGCGUUGAUAUCACAUGUAAGGGGUCCAAAUCUAAGACAUACUGCAUUUCCUGUCACUUGCAAAUAAGUAGAAAAAAAAAACAAAUGAUAUAAUUGAUUACUUUCCUACAGCGAGUCCUAUAAGGUUUCUAACAAAUGGUGUUUUUUCAGUUAUGGAUGUAAUAAAAUGAAAUUAUAUUGAAAAAGGCAUUCUAGUUAAUUUCAUAUACAUUUAAAUGUUCGAGUAAACAGUAAUGGUAAAAUUUCUCCAUUGUGAAUAUUCCAGCCAUUAAAGGCUUUGUUGCAUGCGGGAAUUUUUCUUCACUGUGCGAAUUUUAUCGCCACUUUACGAGUUGCACGAAAAACUGUCUAGUCAUCAACAACCCUUAGCAUGAACAUUCCUCGUAACUUUUCGCGGCAAGCCUUGCACAAAAUAGAAUCUAGUUCUACGUGUGACAAUGCUCACCGAAGCAAGAUCGUUCAUUUGAGACAUGUUCAUUUCAGGGUGUAACACUAGACAACGCUUCGUGCAAAUUGUCUAACGUCCCAACAAACUUGCGAGAUAAGUUUGCAAGACUAAUUGUCUGGUAUAACAGUGCCUUAACUUGGUUGGUCAGAUCGGUUGGUCAUAUAUGAAUUAAUCAACAAUCAGUCGUUGGACUCGGAUUGCUAUAAUCAUUAUGGCAGUAAAGAUAAUUGUUAUAGAUGGACAUGCUUGGUUAAGACUUCUUUUCUGGCAGUUAGGCUAGCAGCUCUGCAAAGGUCGGUAAAUUUAAGAAUGAAAGGGGUUUCUCCGACAUCAAGAGAUGUCUGUAAGUUCGCGACGUUACGUGAACGAGAUGGAUCUCAGGCUCCAAAAGGUGAUAAGCUUCCAAAGCCGUCGAUAAAACAACGUUGCUGUUGGACCCUGUUAACUUCACAGGUUCGAAAAUAUCAGUGUUUAGACAAUAAAAGUUAUUUCUGCUCCACAG